AUAUCCUAAAGCUCUCGACAGACUACAACGACUCAGGUGUAUAAGAGACUCUAUCCUCCAGCAUUGGCCCCAAUUAUUCCUACCUUUACCCUUUGACCAUUUAACUUCCAAUCCUCAAAAUGGCAGAAGCAGACGUAAAACUCCACGAUUUCAAGAACAUCUUCUCGCUCAACGGCAAAGUCGCCGUUGUCUCCGGCGGAUCGCGAGGCCUCGGACUACACGCAGCAUCAGGCCUCCUCCAAGCAGGCUGCUCCAAAGUCUUCAUCACCUCGCGCAAAGCCUCAGCAUGUGACUCCGCAGUCGCAGCGCUGAAUGCCCUACCCGGCAUCUCUGGCCGCGCAUUCUCCGUCCCAGCCGACAGCUCCAAGAUCUCCGAGAUCGAGAGACUGGUGACGGAGGUUGGGAAAGAGACGGAUCACGUGGACAUUUUGUUCGCGAAUGCGGGUGCGACCUGGGGCGCUUAUUUCGAUAAGGUGGAUGAGAAGAAUGGGUGGGAUAAAGUUAUGGACUUGAAUGUCAAGGCUGUGUUUUUCACGAUUCAGAAGUUCGCACCGCUUCUGGAGAAGAAAGCAAGUUUGCAGGAGCCCUCGCGGGUGAUUGUUACUGGAUCCAUAGCAGGUAUCGCAGUCGGUUCUUUGGGAGAGCUUGCAGCGUAUUCCUACGCUGCCAGUAAAGCCGCCGUCCUACAUCUCACACGAAACCUCGCCGUAGAGCUGGGUCGUCGACACAUCCUCGUCAACGGCAUCGCACCUGGAAUAUUCCCUUCGAAGAUGGCCAACGCGCUCAUUGAAAGCAAAGGAAGCGCUGACCACUGGGCCAAAGCGAUUCCGAGCGGAAGAGUCGGACAUCCAGAGGAUAUCGCCGCGGCGGUAGUGUUCCUGUCGAGUCGAGCGGGAGCUCACGUGAACGGUGAUACGCUCGUCCUCGACGGAGGCGAGAUGAUAGGGAGCCAGAGUUUGAGCAAGCUCUAGAACGUAUCGUCUAUUUUGUAUAUCUAAUAGAGUCUAAAGUUAGGAAACUUUUUCAAUCCUCGCCCAAGGGAAUGUUCAUCCCGUGCACGCCCUUGUAUGCACUUCGCUCGGGCUGCUUCCAUCCUUUCAGUGCCUCAGCCUUGUUCUCU